CGAGGCGAAAGAACAGUGCUUAUGAAGACCCUUUUUCGCGGAAGGAAGAUGUGGACGAGGGUGAGAUGCAAGACGCAGAAAUCGACUAUCAGUCUAUGGAGUGGUGGCAAGCAUCGAUGAUUAUGAUCGCUGAGACCAUCUCUCUGGGUAUCCUCUCGUUGCCUUCGGUGCUCGCAAGAAUUGGAUUUGUUCCUGGACUCAUCUUGAUAGUUGGACUUGGUAUCAUUGCGACAUACACUGGCUGGGUCAUUGGCCAAUUUCGAAUGAAGUAUCCUUGGGUCGUAUCAUUCGCAGAUGCUGGAGAGAUUCUCUUCAAGCCGCUCAAGAUGGGCGCCAUCGGUCGAGAGUUCUUCGGCGGAGCACAAACGAUCUUCCUGAUCUUCACCAUGGCCAGUCACAUUUUGACAUGGACAAUCUGCCUCAAUACCGUCACCGAUAGUGCUACCUGCACCGUAGUCUGGGCUGUCAUAGGAUUGGUAGUCUUCUUCAUCUUCGACCUGCCUAGGACGCUGAAGAAUGUUUCAUGGAUGUCCAUCGCAUCGUUCAUCUCCAUUUUCUCGGCGGUCUUGAUCAGCAUGAUUGCCAUUGGUAUCCAAAAGCCUAGAGGAAACACACCACUGGCUGUGACUACGGUAUUGCCAUUCACGGACGCUUUCGUUUCUGUCAGCAAUAUCGUUUUUGCUUACGCGGGUCAUUCAUGCUUCUUUGGCUUCCUGGCAGAGAUGAAAGAUCCUUCCAAAGACUGGACAAAGGCUUUAGUGUUCCUACAGAUCUGGGACAUCAGUCUAUAUAUUGUUGCUGCAACAGUCAUCUACGUCUUUGCUGGCCCGGAUGUUAAGUCACCUGCCCUCGGUUCGGCAGGUCCGAUCGUGAAGAAGGUGGCAUGGGGUAUUGCAAUUCCGACAAUCAUCAUCGCUGGUAUCAUCUACGGCCAUGUGGCAGCCAAGUAUAUCUUUGUUCGCUGCUUCCGCGGUACGAAACACAUGAAUCGACGCACCAAAACCAGCACGAUUGCAUGGACAGUGAUUACCUUGACUAUCUGGGUCAUUGCCUGGAUUAUCGCCGAGUCUAUUCCCAAAUUCAAUGACCUGCUUGGUUUGAUCAGUGCUCUGUUCGCAUCGCACUUCACAUAUACUCUCAGUGGUGUAUUUGGACUCUUCCUCAACCAUGGGCACUGGUUCGACAGUCCCAAGCAGAUUUCGCUAUUCUGCAUCAAUUGGAUCGUCAUUGCCAUUGGCGCCACAGUAUGUGUAGCCGGACUCUACAGCUCGGGUACUGCGAUUGCAGCCGAUGGAGGAAAUGGAUCAUGGACAUGCGCCAGCAAUGCUCAGUAA